AUGGAACUUGGAAAUCAAACUGCUAUCUUUGAGUUCUUCCUUCAUGGACUCUCCCAGUGGUCUGAACACCAGGAUCUCUUCUUUGGGCUGUUCCUGUCCAUGUAUCUAGUCACUCUGGCUGGGAAUCUGCUCAUCUUCCUGGCAAUUGUCACAGAAACUUGUCUUCACACCCCCAUGUACUUUUUCUUAGCCUGUCUUUCCUUUGCUGAUAUUGGUCUAUCCUCCAGUGUAGUUUUGAAGAUGCUCCAUAAUAUGUAUACCCAGCAUCACACCAUCUCCUACACAGGGUGCCUGAUGCAGCUCUAUUUCUUCCUGACAUUUGGCAACCUGGACAAUUUUUUAUUGGGUGUAAUGGCAUAUGAUCGUUACAUGGCCAUCUGCCAUCCCCUCCACUACAACACAGCCAUGAGCCCUAGGCUCUGUGUCUUGCUAGUGAGUGCAUGUUUUGUCACAACUAACAUCCAUUCUCUCAUACACACCAUCCUCAUGUCAAAACUGUCUUUUUGUGUACGUGGGGAAAUCUCACACUUUUUCUGUGACAUUAGCACUCUCUUGAAGCUGUCUUGCUCUGAUACACAUGUAAACGAGUUGAUGGUGUUUGUUCUGGGUGGCCCAGUUUUGAUGAUUCCCUUCCUGUGCACCUUGGCCUCCUAUAUCCAAAUUGUUUCAGCUAUCCUUAGGAUUCCUUCAGGGAGUGGAGGGAGGCGCAAGGCCUUUUCCACUUGUGGUUCUCAUCUCUCUGUUGUCUGUUUGUUCUAUGGCACCACUUCUAGUGUCUAUCUUGUUCCAUCAUCUUCCUUCUCCACAAAGGACAUUGUGACCUCUGUGGUGUACGCAGUGGUCACCCCAAUGCUGAAUCCUUUCCUUUAUAGCUUGAGGAACCGGGACAUGAAAGCAGCCCUGAAGAAUCUCAUUAAAAGCAGGAUAUUUGCCUUUUUAUCAACACCUUCAAACCUAUCCUUUAUUGCAGUACAAUGA